UCUCUCUCACAAAGGAGAAACAAUAUUGCAGAUGAGUUUAAAGAUGGAAAUCAUGGUUCCGUUGCAUUACGGUGGCGGGAAUAGAGGAAGCAUCCACAAGGUAAAAGCCGUGUCAUGCAUGGCCGGAAAGUUGGCCAUGCCGCAGGAACGGAAAACCAACUUCUAUGAAGUUCUGUCUCUUGGUUCGGAGAAGGUAGGGUUUGAGGAGAUCAAGAAGGCUUACAGAGCCAUGGCUCUUCAGUACCACCCCGACGUGUGCCCUCCCUCAACCAAAGAGGAGUCCACGAGGCGAUUCGUCGAGCUCAGAGAGGCCUACGAGACGCUUUCAGAUCCGGUUUCGCGCAGAAUUUACGACUGUGAGUUAGGGUUGGUUGAAUCGUCAGGGUUCAGUGUUCGUGGCGCUGGGGAAGAAGAGAGGAGAUCAAGAUUCGCAAAGGAGGUCUGGGAGAAGCAGCUCGCCGGACUGAGAAAGCGGUCCGAUGACAGGAUGAUGAGGCGGAAGAAGACAACAAUAAUAUAGAUCUAUCUAGGAGAUCGAAGACAGCUAAUUCAGUUAAUUUGUUCCGAUUGUUAAUACACAGCACCAUUAAUCCUGAGAGUCCAGUGAUCUGCUUCCUUGAAUAAACCCACAAUGUACGAUUCUUACCGUAAUCAAAAUUUAUUAAUUUUUCUUC